GUUCAAGCUGCCUGAGUUGCACUCUGGUGGGAGCCAUCAUGGAGAGAGCUGUGGUGCAAAUCACCCUUUUUGGGCUGCUGCUGGCUUUGGCCACCACACUACCAAACAAGGAUGACUGGGAUAUCUACAGCUUUCACAUCAACUCAACAGUGACCAGUCGUUAUGCAACCACUGUCAUCACAAGCCGAGUGGCAAAUCGUAUGGACGAGUCAAAGGAAAUAGAAUUUCAAGUCCGGAUUCCCAAGAACGCCUUCAUCAGUAAAUUCAGAAUGUUUAUAGAUGGCGAAGUGUACGAUGGUGUUGUGAAAGGUAAAGAGAAAGCUCAGCAGCAGUACACUGAGGCUGUGUCCCGUGGCCAAAGUGCUGGCAUUGUCAGUUCUGUAGGAAGGACCCUGGAGGAAUUCAAGACCUCUGUGACCAUUGCUGCUCACCAAAAGGCCACCUUUGAACUCACAUAUGAGGAGCUGCUGAAACGCAGGCUUGGCAAGUACGAGCUUCAGAUCCACGCUCGACCCAUGCAGCCUGUCAAAGACUUCAAGGUUGAUGUGUACAUUAACGAGGAAGCAGGCAUUAAUUUCAUUGAGGUUAAGGGAGGACUAAGCACCACAGUGCAGGCUAAUGCUAUCACCAGAACACAUGUGGACAAACAGGCAUGGGUGUAUUUCUACCCGACAGAGGACCAACAGAAAACGUGUGACAGCUGUGGAGAGCAGGGUUUGAAUGGGGAUCUGGUUAUCGCUUAUGAUGUAAACAGGAACCCCUCACUGGGAGACAUCAAGACAUCAGAUGGGUACUUUGUUCAUCACUUUGCUCCAUCUAGUCUUCCCAUCAUACCAAAAAAUGUUGUCUUCAUUAUUGAUCAAAGUGGCUCAAUGCACGGCAGAAAAAUACAACAGACCCGGAUAGCAUUAAUCCACAUCCUGAAUGACCUGGCAGAGGACGACAACUUUGGUAUUAUCACUUUUGAUAGCAGCAUUUUUCACUGGAAACGAGAACUUGUACAGGCCAAUAAGGAAAAUUUGGAGAGUGCCAAGACAUUUGCAAGAAAUAUUCAGGAAAGAGGAGCGACUAACAUUAACGCAGCUGUGUUGAGAGGAGCAAGUAUGCUGAAUGCACAUUCCAGAGAAGGUUCAGCAUCUAUGCUUAUACUUCUCACCGAUGGAGACCCUACCUCAGGGGUGACAGAUUUUGAAGAUAUACAGUCAAAUGUCAGAGUGGCUAUCGGGAACAAAUUUCCACUCUACUGCCUUGGUUUUGGUUUUGAUGUCCACUUUGAGUUCCUUGAGAAGAUGUCGCUGCAGAACAAUGGCGCAGCACGACGGAUUUACGAAGACUCUGACGCUGAUUUACAGUUGCAGGGUUUCUAUGAAGAGGUGGCCACUCCACUGUUGACAGAUGUGACAAUGAUCUAUAAUGGUGGGACCCAUCUAACCCAGACUAGCUUCAGCCAGUAUUAUAAUGGCUCUGAGAUUGUGGUUGCCGGUCAAAUCACCGAUAACGACAUCGAAACCUUCACUCCACAAGUUGUGGCUCUUUCGGGCAACAGAAGGGUGAAGUUUUCUGACACAAAUGGUACCGUGGAGUCCCCUGGAACAAUGUCUGACAGCCACAUCCAGAGGGUUUGGGCCUACCUCACAGUCAAACAGCUUUUGGACAAAGAGCUGGUGUUAUCUGGACCUGAGAAGAAGAACGCGAAGAAAGAGGCCUUGGAGCUGUCGCUGAAGUACAGCUUUGUAACCCCUCUCACAUCGAUGGUGGUCACCAAGCCUCAGGGGGAGAACACAGAUGUGCUCCAUAAACCCAAGGAAGGUGAAGAACCAGAGUCCCGGCCAGCUGCUGGAUUUUUACCUAGUAUCCAGACGUCGUCAAGACUUCACAGUAGUCGUCGAAUGCAUUACCCCGUUGGUUUGACUCCACAAUUUAUAAUACCAGCAAGUCGUGUUAGACCAACAUACGGACCAGGUGCGGCCGGUAUUCCUGGUCAUGGGCAUGGUACAGGACGACAUGGAAUGAUAGCUGCGGGUCAUUUUCGUGAUCAUGGUUCAGCUUCAACUACGGUAAAUCACCAGUUCGCCCUGAUUUUGGACGACGAUUUCCAUAUAGAUUUGAUGGAUACUGAGGACGAAAUACCUGCCACUAUUGUGACAUUCAGUGCAACUGAUGUUCCUCUUACUCACAGAUUUUUGCUAACAUCUGAGAAUCUGACUCUUCCACUGUGCUUUGAUGUCACUGGAGAUGUUAGCCUUAAACUACUCCAUCAUCCCAACAGGGAGCUGUCUGUGAAUGGUGAGCUUGAUUCAGUAGAGAAUGGAGGCUUCAGGAGGAUUGCCAUCCACUUGAAGACUGACUUGUAUGUUGAGAUUGACACCAACGUAAUUAUUGUACGAGAGGGACAGACACAGAAACUCCUCAUUGGACUGGAUUCCAUCACAGCUGGAAGUUUGACAGUGAUUAGACGGGACAAGGAAAUAGACGUUGCAACUGGAGACACACGCAUGGUCAUCAAUAUUCAUGAGAAGGGUGGCAAAGAAUUCCUCUGGCCGGUUUUGAGACAGCAGCCAUUGGACAACAACGUUACAGGAAUAUUAGCUCUAAAGCCAGCAGUUUAUGAGGAGGUGCAACAAAGUCCCUCAACAAGACUUAAGAGCAAAGACCAGGAGAUUGACGUUACCAGGGCCAGUGUUGUUGACUACAGUAUCGUCUAUCCCCUGGAACAUGACUGCUGGCUCAUGUCUGCUGAGUCUGCCCUGCAGGGACGCCUGGAUGAUUUCAUCGUUACACAUCUUUAACUGGGAACCAUGUUGAAUCACUUGUAGAGAUUUCAUUGGAAAUAAAAAUAAGUCAAACGUAAACAGAAAACGACUCUCACUAGUUAUAAACAUGAACCAAUAAACAUUUUCCCAGAG